AUUGGACUCGAUUGGUUUGAGGCCUUGGGAAUUCAAGUAACAGGGCUAAAUAAAUUGCAAACACAGACCCUUGCUGACGUAUGCAAGGAGUUUGCAGAUGUGUUCAGUUCUGAACUAGGGUCCUACACAGGACCUCCUAUUUCACUUAAGUUGGAUCCAAUGGUACAGCCCAUCAGGGUUAAGCCUAGGAGGGUACCAUUUGCUCUUAAGAGUAAAAUUGACGCUGAACUGGACAAGUUGCUCCAGCAAGGCAUUCUAGAGCCUGUAGAUUCCAGCCCGUGGGAAACUCCCAUUGUAACGCCUUUAAAGGCAAACGGGGACAUCCGGAUUUGUGCUGACUACAAGUGCACACUAAACAAGGCCCUACAGCAACAUGCUUAUCCUGUGCCUGUAGUGAGCCACAUUCUGGCUUCUCUCAAGGAGGGGAAAAUUUUUGCCAAGCUUGAUCUGGCUCAGGCAUAUCAACAGCUGCCUGUUGAUGAUGCUGCAACUGAGGCCCAAACUAUUGUCACCCAUCGUGGAGCUUUCAGGGUGAAGAGGUUACAGUUUGGGGUGAAUGUCGCUCCUGGCAUUUUUCAGAGUGUGAUGGAAAACACCCUGAGCGGUAUUCCUGGUGUAUGUCCUUAUUUUGAUGACGUUCUCAUUGCAGGAGACUCUCCACAAGUGCUGGCUGAGCGCCUUGCUUACCACAAGCCUUUGCUGGGGCUAUUCACUACCUCCAAACAAACCCCUCAUAUCCUGUCCCCUCGUAUGCUGCAAUGGUCCAUCUUCCUCUCAGCUUAUGACUAUUCACUGGUCCAUAAGCCAAGUAAGGAAAUGGGUCAUGCAGAUGCUUUAAGUAGGCUGCCAUUACCUACUGUGGAGCCUGAUCCCGCUCCUGCUGUACACAUAUUGUCUAUUCAGGAGUUGCCUGAAUGUCCCCUCAAUGCUAGGGAUGUGGCUGCUGAAACUGCCACUGACCACACGCUCAAACACGUGCUGCCAUGGGUCCUAUCUGGGUGGCCUGACAGGUGCCCUGCGGAGGAUUUUCAAUGUUUUUGGGUCAAGAGGCAUGAGUUGUCCACUUUCAAUGGCUGCCUCCUCUGGGGAUCGAGAGUUGUGAUCCCGGCCUCAUUGAGGGCUAGAAUCUUGAUUUCAUUACAUGAGGGCCACCCUGGAAUUGUCAGGAUGAAGGCGCUUGCACGCAGCCAUCUGUGGUGGCCUGGCAUUGACCAGGCCAUCGAGUCCCAAGUCCAUGGGUGUCAUGCCUGCCAACAGUCCAGGCCUGAAAUGCCCCAGGCCCCUGUACACAGGUGGGAGGAAACACACACUCCAUGGUCUAGAAUACAUGUAGAUUACGCUGGGCCCUUUCAGGGUCAAUUCUUCCUGGUUGUUGUUGAUAGCCAUUCCAAAUGGCUGGAGGUCGUGCCUGUGUCUUCUACCACAGCCGCCAAGACUAUUCAAGUGUUGAGAAACAUUUUUGCUGCACAUGGGCUGCCAGAUGUUCUAGUGUCGGAUAACGGUCCUCAAUUUACUUCUGCUGAGUUUCAGGGAUUUCUCCGGACCAACAUGAUCCACCACGCUGCUUCGGCUCCCUUCCAUCCUUCCACCAACGGUCUGGCUGAACGGAUGGUCCGCGUCACCAAGGACGCCCUCAAGAAGCUUCGUCAGCUCGUGACUAAAUUGGACAGGCUGCAU